UUCUCGUGUGCCUGGCGGAGGGGAUGUAAACAGCUAGCAUGCCGACUAGCAGCCAGCAUCGGCGCAGAUUUCAGACCCACACCCGAUGCCGGUAAGCUCAUCUUAGUUAACCGACUGUUGGUUCUGAUGUGAAGGAGGAGGUCAACAUCGUUUCUCGGAGCGAAGUUGUGUCUUUGUGGAACAGUAGCUAACUUGGCUAAGUUAGCUAGGAGCGCUAGCGUCAGGUCUGACAGGAAGUCUGUUGAUGCUCUGCUGACAGAAGUAGAGGAAGAGAAAAUCCUCCAUCCCUAUCGUUCCUGCUGACAGACAGCAAAGACUUUCUCUGACAGGAAGUCUUCUAACCAUCCCACAAACUAAUUCCCGUUGGCAGGAAAGAAGAAGAAAGAGGAGAAGAAGAAGAAGAAGAAGAGUUCCUGCCUUUAGUUUAAUCUUCAUAUAUUUUUAAUUUAUGACGACAGAUUUCACUUCUGCCAGAAACUGUUUGUCGUUGUCAGUAUCAGAUAGAUUGGUGUGUUUGUUCUGUGACACCCUCAGCAGGCUCGAGAACAUACUAGAGGUUCCCCUGGCGGCCAUGCUGGGGCCUCAUCUGCUGUCUGCCUCCUUAGCCGCCACGCCUCCAUCUUAAAUCAAUAGCUCAGAGCAGACCUGAAACAUUUUUUUUUUAACAUAAGGGCUUCUUGAUUUAUUUUUUCUACACGUGUUUUUGUGCUCAGAAGUAGUUGGUGUUUGUUCGUAUCAGGUCUCGUUUCGUCAGAAUCCACUAUCAGCCAAUCAUGGCGGAGUCCAGCUCGGUGCCGGCUGCAGCAGCAGAUCUAGUGAUUGAACAAAACAAAGACGAAGUGUCUCUUCCCGCAGAGAGCGUCUCCAAAGAACUGAUUGUAACCAUGACAACAGAUGUAUCAGAUGUCAGAGCCGAGGCACUGAGCAGCAAUGGUGUCGCUGACAGUCCUCUUCCUGCCAAAGCCCUCAAAGAAGAAGAGGAGGAGGAGGCCACACCCACACCACCGGAUUCGUCGUCAUUGUCGUCUGAAGAUGGGACAAUAACUGCCAUUACCACCGAAGAAGAAUCUCUGUCGGCUCUACUCAGACACAUCAAGAGUGAAGGAGGUCAGGACAGAGGAGAGCCAGGUGAGAGGUCAGGUGUGGAUCCGGACCUCGAGGAGAGCUCCUCUGUGGCGACAGCGGGUGGCUCAGAUGACCAGCGGGAGUCCACAGACUCUGCCUCCUUCUCCAUCCCCAGCCUGGAGCUGUCAGAUGGGGUCACAGCCACAGCAAACUCACUGGACGUGGAGGAUGGCCUGUCCUCUUCCUACUCCGCUCUGGGGGUGGAGGGCUGCUCUCCGUCCACCGAGGUCCCCAGUCUGAAGGAAGAGGAGAUGCUGGAGGCCGCUGGGGGUGCUGUAGCUGCUGCUGCUGCUCCUCUUGCUGCUGCUCCAGAGGCGGGGCCAUCCAUGCCAGCAUAUUACCUGGUGAAGUGGAUCACCUGGAAAGAGAAGAAGACUCCUAUCAUCACUCAGAGUGAGAACGGACCCUGCCCCCUGCUGGCUAUCAUGAACACUUUGUUCCUCCGCUGGAAGGCUAAACUUCCCGCUCAGACAGAAGUUGUCACCACUGAGGACCUGAUGGCUCACCUGGGAGAGUGUGUGUUGUCUGUUACACCGAGAGAGAAGGCUGAUGGGAUGGAGCUCAACUUCCAACAGAAUAUGAGUGAUGCCAUGGCGGUGCUCCCUAAGCUGUCCACGGGUCUGGACGUUAAUGUGCGUUUUACCGGGGUGACAGACUUUGAGUACACACCUGAGUGUAUCGUGUUCGACCUGCUGGACAUCCCGCUGUACCAUGGCUGGCUGGUUGACCCACAGAGUCCAGAGAUGGUUGCUUCUGUGGGGAAACUGAGCUAUAACCAGCUGGUGGAGAAAAUCAUCGACUACAAACACUCAGCUGACAGCAGCCGAGUCAGUGAAGGUCUGGUUGCAGAGCAGUUUUUGGAGUCGACGGCGACUCAGCUGUCGUAUCAUGGUUUGUGUGAACUCAACACAACGGCCAAGGAGGGAGAAAUCUCUGUGUUCUUCAGAAAUAACCACUUCAGUACUAUGAUCAAACACAAGGGUCACCUGUACCUGUUGGUGACAGAUCAGGGAUUCCUACAGGAAGAGGGUUUGGUCUGGGAGUCUCUUCAUAAUGUCGAGGGAGACGGAAACUUCUGCGACUCUGACUUCAGACUGUGUCAUCCUCCUCAACGAGCUCAACCCACCACCAACCUGCCACCCAGCGCCCAGGAGCAGCAGAGACAGAUUGACCAGGACUACCUGGUGGCUGUGUCCCUGCAGCAGCAACAGGGCGGGGCCCCGGGGCCCCUCAGUGACCUGGAGUUGGCCCGACAGCUCCAACAGGAGGAAUACCAACAACAGCAGCAACUCCAGCAACAACAGCAACAGCAGCAACAGGGAUCACUGCAGGCCGCACAGCAGGUCAGAGGUCAGGGGUCACAACAGGGCGGAGCCAGGAGAAGAGAAAAGGACUCGGACUGUGUUGUCCUAUAGACUCUUCAUCAUCGUCAACUACCAACCACCAGACUCCCCAAGUCGGGUCUAUCUGCAGUGGGGAGGAGGUCCAAACACACAAACACGCACGCACGCACGCACGCACGCACACACGCACACACACACACACACACACACACACACACACACACAGCUUGAUGCCAAACCCCAGUGCUUUGUUAAACGGUUUGUUUCAGAUGUGAUUCCAAGUUUCAGAAAGUUUGUGAAAAUGUUAAAAAUGGCUGUUGAGUCUGGUUUAACACAGACAGACACUGCUGUCUGAUCAAGCAUUAAUAAGUUGUAAUCAAUGGCUUUAGUAAUGGUCAAUAAAUUAUUUACUAUCGUUAAUUGAUCAGCUAUAAACCAUCAAAGAGAAUAUCUUUUGGAAUUGCCAGGUUGUAGGAAAUAGUCAAGUUUAGAGCUGAAAUGAUUAAGAAAAAUAAUCAGAAACUAUUUAGAUAAAUGAUAAAACCCCUUCAAUCAUUUUUACAAGCAUAUAUGUUUUUAAAAAAAUACCAUUUCACCUUAUUAAAUUUGAAGAUUCAAUGCUUUUCUUUGCCUUGUUGUUAUUAUUAUUAUUAUUACUAUUAUUAAUAAUAAUAAUAUCAAUACUGAUAAUUUUUUGUUUACUGUAAAGUGAGUAUUUUUUAGUUGGAUUGUAGGUCAGACAAAACAAGCCAUUUUAUAUACAAACAGUUAAUUAAAUGAUCUGAAAAGUAAUCAUCAGAUUAUAUUAUCACUACUUGCAGCUGGAGUCUAGUCAUUAAUAAAAUGAUUAGAUAUCAGUUCUGCGGUUUUAAAGAUUGAUAAGUCAUUGAGAAAGUGCCACAGAUUUCUCACUUUCUUUUGCCAUUAGCAAAGUUAACAAGUCAGCUGCAGUUAAUAAAUCUUUAAUAAUAAAGGCUUUGUAUUAUAAUCCAUCGAGUGUGUAGUUUGAAAUAUUUUGAAAAUAAAUUUUGUAAAUGUCCUGCUGGAGGAUUAACUGCAGCCAAAACAGAUUAUUUAUGUCUUAUAACUGACAUAACUGAGCAUUAGGAAUAUUUACUGUCCAUUAAUAAAGCUGUUGGUUAUUAGAGAGCGGUAUCUUAAAAAUGAUGAAGGGAAACUGGUCGAAAUCUGUUGAUUCAAUCUGUAUUUCAAUAAAAAAAUCUCUUUUCUGGAUCAGUUUCACCAGAAGAGGUAGCGAUACCGGUUUAGGAGUGAGCUCCAUUUAAGUCAACAACAUUAAAAUGUCCAGCCGCAUCUGGUAAAACUGAUCCUGUCCAAUAAUACGCUUCAGUGUAAAUGACGCUAAACGUUAACCCAGGAGGUCAGUAGGAGUUAACACAGUUAAAAUCCAGAGGUGAUUCAGUACAAAAGUCCCAUAAGAUUUCCGCUGAUUUGUGUGUUUUUAAUAAAUGCAGUAGGGGUGAGUUCGUGUACAAAAAUCUCUAAACGUUUAGAGUGGGUAAUUUUUUUCGUGUAAAUGUGUACACGGGUUUCACAACUGGGUGGUGCAAUAGCAUUAUACCAGUAAAGCCCCAGUUAUCCAAAUACCAACUGAACCGGCAAUUUAACCAACGCACCGUUUUAAUAGAACGGAGCACGUAGGCUACUGGCCUGUUGCCAAACCCGGUCUCACACCAUUUCUUGUCAUAUUCACAGUUGUUACCAGCCAGCCCUUCGCUUUAAGACAGUGGCCGUGUGGGUGUGACGUAGUAGAUGUUGUGGGAAGUAAAGUGGCGUAUAGUGUACGGACGGCAAUGCACCGUGAAAAUAGUACUGUUCAUGCUACGGGUGGUUGCAGUCUGUUUACAGUGUUUAGAUAGGCUCCAGUUACAGCAUAGUCUCUGUGAGAAGGCACUGCGUUAUGUUAUGUUUUCCUACUGUAGAGGAGAAAUAAAUGUGCUUCUGCACAGACAUCAGUUCUGCAUCCUCAUUCUUCAAGCAGAGUUGGUCUUGACUCCUAGAGCUAGUCACCAGCAACGAGCCAAGUUGUAAAGAUAAUCUACAGAAAACCAGUGUCUCCCAACUACGGUUCGGAGCGCCAGACUGGAGAAGGUAACACAGUCUAUCACAGUUAGUCAACAAUUAGUAUCACCCCCCUCCCCCCUAAAAACAAAAAUGUUUUUUGUGUACUCAUUUUUCAUAACCGUUUAUGAUCUCCAACACGUGUACACGGACUCACCCCUAAAAUGCAGAACAUAUGAUCUGACAGCCAGUUAAUGUUCUCAUUUUGUUCGAAGAUUAAAAUUAGAAAUGUUUAAUUCUCACCUGAAGUAUUCAAGCUGUUGAAUAUGUUUUAAAAAUGUUGGGGGGGGGGAGUGCCAGAUACUUCAAAUACAUUAAUAUUUAAUACCAAAAUAUAACAUCAUCCACUUAAGAAAUACAUUCAGAGGAAAAAAUGAACAAAAUAAUGAUUUAAAUCGCCAAAUAUGUGAUCACAGAAAAAAAAAGUGGAUGCGUUUACUGCCAACUUCCAGCGCUUGUCCCACACAGGUUUUAUACACGUGACAGAUGUGUUGAUCUCAUUCAUAUAAAAUGUCUUCUGUUCACUGCAGAGCUUAUUUUCUUCAUUUAUCAACAGUAUGGAAGCCCAAACCUGACAUGAAUAGAUAAAAUGACAAAAAUAAAAAUACUUAGAAAUUAUUAUGUUCCAAGUCAAAGUUUGAGCUUUUUAUUCUGAAUUUAUGACUGAAAGCCUCAAAAUUAUUAUGACCAAAUCUAAAAUUAUGACUUAAGUCAGUAUCUGAUAAUUUAGAAAUUAGUCCAACAUGUUUCAUCUCAUAAUUCUGACUUUAUAUCUCAUAAUUUUGACCUAAUAUAUCAAAAGGUUGACUUUUAAUCUCAUACUUAUGACCAAGUAUCCUGUCAAAUUCAUUAAUAUCUCAUAAUUUUGACCUAAUAACUCAAAUUGUAAUCUUUUUACUUUAGUGCCUCACAAUAAUAAUGACCUAGAAAGUCAUGUGAUUUAUGAUAAGUGCUUUAAUUUUUGCCAUUCCUAAGAUCUAAUUACUGUAUUCUGGGCGUCACUGGGCUUCCGUACAUUUAUAAUCUGUUGUGGGAACAAACUUGAGAAUUAAUGUUCUGCAUCACUUCAUCACUCUGGUGUUGGGACUGAGAUAAGACAAACUAAAAGCACAUUUUGGAAUAAAAACCCUCGUCGUAGCGCUGCUGAAGAGCAGAUGUUUAACAAACUGUUGAGACCUUGUUUGAAGGUUUUCCUCUUUGGACAGUUUUUUGGUUUCAAAGUGAAGGUAAGAGUCCUGAUUUAAAAUGACUUAUUUAAAGCCACGUUCAACGUUAACGUCUCAAACUGAGUUAAAAAAAAAUGUUUUCUUUAAUCAGAUGAUGUUGUUGGGGAACAUUUAGCACUUGAAACAUUGCCGGUACUUCCUGUUGUCGUCCGGUGUUUUUAAACGUGUCUGACUGUCGGACUGCUGCCAUGCUCUAUUUAAGCUUUGUAUUUAAUUUGUCAUGAUGUCAAAUUACCAGUAAACGCAAAAUCAAACUCUG